AGAAAAUUAACAACUAAGGAAUAAUUUUUUUUAACUACUCUCAUUGACAUCUGAAACCCCAAACCCCGGCCUGGUCUGUUUGGUCUGCUUCAUAAACGUUCUCGGAAGUCUUGCGAUGUUGCGCUUCUGGGUUUAGAAACUCUUUGGUUCAUAUUUCCUUGACUUUUUCUGCGUUAUUUCUUCCUCUUCCUGUUGUCGUCUGUAUGUCUGGCAGAUCCACAGAACAGAAAUGGCAAAGUCAAAGAAUCACACCACACACAACCAGUCCCGUAAGGCCCACAGGAAUGGGAUCAAGAAGCCCAGACCAGACCGAUACGAGUCUAUGAAAGGGGUCGACCCGAAGUUCAUGAAGAACAUGCGUUUCGCCAAGAAGCACAACAAGAAGGGACAGAAGACGGCCAAUGCAGCUGCCAAGAAGAUCGCUGCGGCAGCCGCCCCUUAGACUGGAUUGGCUGAUCACUGCAUCGCCACGUUCCAUUGACUUUGUUACCAUCACAAUAAAGCUUUGUUUAGUUUA